CAUAAAAAAAAUUAUCACUAAUAUCCUUUCAUCUCUCAAUUAAAUAUUAUCUCCCAAUCUCAUACAAAUCCAAGAAAGUUCAGUUUGAUCAUGGAAUUUUUCCACACCCCAAACCAUAAACACUCAUUUCAGCACAACAAAAAGAGGCUAACCCAAGAGCAAGUCAAUCUCCUAGAGAGAAGCUUCACCUCCAACAACAAGCUCGAGCCCGAGCGCAAGCUUCUGCUGGCCAAGCAGCUGGGAAUCCCACCUCGACAGGUUGCGAUUUGGUACCAGAACAAGCGUGCCCGGUGGAAGACUCAGAGCCUUGAGCUUGACUACAAUGCAAUCCAAGCAAAGCUGGAGACUGCCUUAGCUGAAAAGAGGACGCUGGAGAAAGAUGUUGAGAGGCUUGGAGGGGAGCUGAAGAAGGCUCAUGACUUGGUGCUGGUAUUGAACCAAACACAAGAAUUGCCUGCUCAUCCUGUGAUUUGCUCAAUGUUUAAUUCUUCUUCUGCUGAAGAGGGUGUUGGGAGCUCCAGCCUGCAACAACAUGAAGAUCAAGUGAGUGAUCAUGAGGUUAAACAGCUUGAGGAGCUCUAUGCUUGUUUGAUAGGCAUGCAGUGAUGGGUUUAAUUGAUAUA